ACUCAGUAACGUUAGGUCGAAUCGAUCGGAUCGGUCGACCGGUCGAGAAUUUUGCUUGCUCAUGUUACGUCCCCCGAACGUUGAGAACUUCAACUCAAAGAUCUUACAAUUACAUUAUCAAUCAUUAUGUUCCGUAACCAGUAUGACAACGAUGUGACUGUAUGGAGUCCCCAGGGGAGGAUUCAUCAAAUAGAGUAUGCCAUGGAGGCCGUCAAGCAAGGCUCUGCGACCGUAGGUCUCAAGUCCAAGACCCAUGCUGUGCUCGUGGCCCUCAAGAGAGCUUCGUCAGAGCUGUCCUCUCACCAGAAGAAGAUUAUUCCUAUUGAUGAUCACAUCGGUAUCUCCAUAGCUGGGCUCACGUCAGAUGCCAGGAUGCUAAGCAAAUUCAUGAGAACAGAAUGUCUGAAUUCCCGCUAUGCAUAUGAGACUCCGCUACCUGUUUCAAGAUUAGUUUCCGAAAUCGGCAACAAAUCUCAAAUUAACACACAGAGGUAUGGACGGAGGCCAUAUGGUGUAGGACUUCUAGUGGCUGGGUAUGAUGAGAUGGGUCCUCAUAUCUUCCAAACCUGCCCAUCGGCCAACUACUUUGAUUGUAAGUGCAUGGCCAUCGGAGCUCGAUCUCAGUCAGCGAGAACUUACCUUGAAAAGAGACUUGAUGAAUUCCAGAAUUCUACCCUUGAAGAGCUGGUUAAGCAUGGACUGAGAGCUCUUAGGGAUACACUACCAAAUGAGAGUGAACUCAAUACAAAGAAUUGCUCGGUCGCUAUCGUAGGCAAGGACGAGAAGUUUACAGUCUACGAAGAUGAUGACGUUGCCAAAUUUCUGGCUGGUAUUGAGACAGAAUCCAGAUCUAAGCGACGCCAAACUGAACAAGCUACCAUGGAUACGGACACCCCAGCAACAGAAGGUGAACAAGCGCCCUCUACAGGUUCAGAACAGCCAAUGGAGCAUUAACACUGAUCUAAAGGUGGUUUAGGGGAGCAAGUGUUUUUGUAAUGUAUAUUGUUCAUAGUCCAACUGUUGAUAUUCUUAUUGUUAAUUUGGGUUUGUUUAUAAACGAGUCUACUUUCUACUUGAUCAUGUGGGAAUGAGAGGUAGAGCGGUGACCUUGUUUCGAUUCCCACUUGAUAACGGUUGCCAUAAAUGUUUUUCAAUUAUGCUUCAAAUGUAAGACAAAAUUGGUCCAAACUUGCAUAGAAAAAUUUGGUUUGUCAUGAUUCCUUUAUGAUAUAUUUACUUUUGUCGAAGAAAAUUUACAUUAAAUAUUAGUAUUGUAGGAGCUCAGUUUAUUGAAUUGGAGUAAAGAGUAUGAUUUAUGGAUAAUUUAACACCAUAAAAUAAAAUUGUUUAUAUCUGAAUAAGAAUACAGAGAUGUUUUUGACAUCGCACACUACCAUUGGGCAAAUUUCCAUGCUCGUUAUAAUAAUUCUAGAAAAAAAUAUUAAUUUCUAUCUGAAUAAUAGGCAACAUUAUUUUUGUUGUUAAUUUUCAAUCUAUCCAAAUGCUAAAUGCUACUGUUACAUCUAUGAAAAUGACAGCUGGGGGUGUUUCACAAAGCUAUUUGUAAGUUAAGAGCGAAUUUGAGAAUGACUGGUGAACCUUUCUUACUCGCUAAACCAUCGCCAAUUAACAUUUUGGUGUUUACUAUGUACCAUGAAAAGGAUCACCAGUCGUUCUUGAGGUCACUUUUAACUUACAAACAGCUUUAUGAAACAGCCCCCAGACUGAAGAAAUAUUUUUAUGCCAUUAGCAAUGACAUGCUAUUGGUUGGUGUGACAUGGUCAGUUUGUUGGAAUACUGCUAAAGAUCAUUGUAUAAAGUAUUUCCUAAGCUUUAUGUUAUGUUUAGACUAUUUGUUAAAAAAAUGGGGUGUUUUUACCAAACACCACCAGGGGCCCGUAACACAAAUCUUAACAAUGAUCGUAGAACAAUUUUCUCUGAUUGAUUGCAUUGACUACAAUGUACAAUAAAUCUUAAAAAUCAAGCAUACGGUUAAUUGCUCAGCUUUGUGAUGUGGGACCCAGAUGUCCCUUGAAGACAGUACCCUCAGGUGUUGAAACUACACCUUCAAGAUUAACGCCAAUUAGUUUAAAAAUAACAGUGUUAUAAUAACACCAACAGGUUUUGAACUGACUCCAAAAGUUAACACCGGAUUAGAAUGACUAGUGUACUCCUCUAUACUGUACACCAUCCACACCACAUUGUUUACUGUGUGUAGAAUGAUAUGCUGUCAAAAAAUCCUUUCCAAAAUUGAUUCCUUUCAGUGCAACCUAUUGCACAACUGUUUCUGUCCUCUGUAAUAAAUCAGACAUGUCUGAUAA